AUGGAAAUCCUGGCUGGUUUACUAACGCCAAUUAUUCUAUUAAUUUCUGUUAUUUAUCCUAUAGUAUCAACAUUGAUUUAUAAAAGGAUGAUUGCAACAUAUAAAAAAAUUGAAUACAAUCCAAAAUUUGAUUUGGAGCUGCCACAGAAAGAAGGAUUAAUAUUCAAUGAUUCACCGCCAAAAUCUGGUGAACCGCUCGACGGAUGUUUAAAUAUAGAUGAAUUUGCGGAAGUUAUGAUAGCAUUGGCAGAAUACAGAGAUAACGAGGAAGGACCGAAAGUUAAAACACCUGUAGAAGAAAUCACUUACGUGAGCUAUGAAAUUCACGAAUCAUUGGGCUUUGAUAAUGCUGUGAUUACACGUGUUGAGCCAACUAAAUUUGAAAGUCUUCUAAUUCGUAUGAUUGAACAAGGACCAGGAUUCUUUGAUAUUGACGGAACAGAGUUAUAUGAACUCUUAUCGGAGUUAAGUGAAAUUUUACGUACAGAAAGUUCACUUCUACAAAUACCAGCUGAUGUUGUCGUAAUCGGUGAACUCCGUGGUCGAUACUCUGACCUCUUACGUUGGUUCCAAUUAUAUGGUUAUCCACCAAAACGACGAUAUCUUUUUCUUGGCGGUAUUAUUGAUCAGAAAUGUGCUGAAUCCAUUGAAACACUUGCUUUCCUUGCAGCAUAUAAAGUAACAACACCAAAUCAUAUUUACAUAAUACGUGGAGCGACAGAAUUUUUUCCUUUUGAAAUUCGAAAGCGUUUUCCUAUGAAACUAAGCAUAGUGUUAUCAGCUUUUAUCACACGAAUCUGUUCUGAAAUGCCUAUUGCUGCAACGAUUGGUAAUACAAUUUUUGCCGUACACUCCGGUAUCAGUUCGCAAAUAAAAAAUCUUGAAACAAUAAAGAAAAUUGGAAGGCCACCGUUGAAAUCGAGCUCUAAAAUUCUAUAUGAUUUAACAUUUGGAAUGCCAACUAAUACUAUCGAAAGAUUUCAAAAAAUCAAAGGUGGUCGAGGACAUCUUUUUGGUGCGAAAGCAGUCGAGGAAUUUAUAAAGCAAUUACAAAUGAAGUUAAUUAUACGUACGCAUACGCCGUACGAGAAGGGCCAUUUUAUGUUUGCAUCGAAGCAACUGCUGUCGAUUUGGUCUAGUAACUGCAAGAACGUCAAACUUGCAACCAGUUUAUAUAUUGAUCCUCAGUUGCACGUCAAUGUACAUUGCAUGACACCUGUAAUUGUAAAAACUAUUACUGGUGAGCAGUUAACAGAAACACAAUCAGAAGUGGAAAUUGUCGAAGUAGAAGAGAAGAGCAAACAUGACAAAAUUCAAGAUAUCAAAAGAGAUUGA